AUGGAGGGGCAGAGCGGCCGCUGCAAGAUCGUGGUGGUGGGGGAUGCAGAGUGUGGCAAGACGGCGUUGCUGCAGGUGUUCGCCAAGGACGCCUACCCUGGGAGUUAUGUCCCCACCGUGUUUGAGAACUACACCGCGAGCUUUGAGAUCGACAAGCGCCGCAUUGAGCUCAACAUGUGGGACACUUCAGGUUCCUCUUACUAUGAUAAUGUCCGGCCUCUGGCCUAUCCCGAUUCCGACGCUGUGCUCAUCUGCUUCGACAUUAGCCGGCCAGAAACAUUGGACAGUGUCCUCAAGAAGUGGCAGGGGGAGACUCAGGAGUUUUGCCCCAAUGCCAAGGUUGUGCUUGUUGGCUGCAAACUGGACAUGCGGACCGACCUGGCCACACUGAGGGAGCUGUCCAAGCAGAGGCUUAUCCCUGUUACGCAUGAGCAGGGCACUGUGCUGGCCAAGCAGGUGGGGGCCGUGUCCUACGUGGAGUGCUCCUCCCGGUCCUCUGAGCGCAGCGUCAGGGAUGUCUUCCAUGUGGCCACGGUGGCCUCCCUUGGCCGUGGCCAUAGGCAGUUGCGCCGUACUGACUCACGCCGGGGACUGCAGCGAUCUGCUCAGCUGUCAGGACGGCCAGACCGGGGGAAUGAGGGCGAGAUAGACAAGGAUCGAGCCAAGAGCUGCAACCUUAUGUGAGGGGCUAGGGUGGGGCAGACAGCGUGAGGAGGGGUAGUGAGGGACACAACUGUUCCCCUGCCUGCACCUGGCCUUCCUGGCCUCCUGACCCUGGCUGGGAGGUCAGGGCGGGAAGAGUGAGCAAUUCUCCUGGAGGGGGGGAGAUGGAGGGCAGGAGGGUAUCACCAUUUCUCCCCCUUCUCAUCCCCUCAUCUCCACUGGAAGUUGAGAGAGAUUAACGGGGCAUGAAACUGGGAUGAGCAGGUGAGGGUUAGGGAAGCUGGCAUCAAGCAAUGACCUUGGUUGAAUCUCUUAUAUGAAAGGUACCUUCCCUCCCCACCCCCAGUCCCCAUUUCCUAGUCUUGGCUUCCUUCCCUGAGGAAAGUGUCCAUUCUAUGAUCUUCUCUUUUCCUCUCCUGUCACUUCUACAGCUAUUCUCACACAUCCUAACCUCCAGACAACAUGCACUAAAUUAAAAAGCAAGGAGAAGCCCCUACCCCCAUCAACCUCCCCAGUCCUAGCUCUCCCCUGUCUUCCCCCAACAGUCCCCAAAUAAAGCCCAUG